ACAGCAGCUGUCACUGAAUGACCCACUCCGACUGAUCACCCCCUGCAAAUCGUUUUUUUUUUUUUUGAGAACACAUUUACAGCUCCUUUGUAUUCUUGUGAUGGCCUUUUAAUUCCUCAAAUUGUUUCCCGUCAUGCGAUGACAAGGUCGUCAUUUUGGGAAUUGAAUUGAUGUUUGGGGGUUUCCACGUGCAUGCAGCCGAUGCGGACCUCUGUUUUAACAGAAACGCUUCACGUUCCUUUCGAACUUCUCGCCCACCCCCUCCCAUCUGCGACAGGAAGAGCCGAUUCACCCAAUCCACGGUGGUCCUGCUUCCAGACCCCCCAACGCCUUUCGAUAGGCUGUGAGAUGCGCGCUCUGGGUAUCGCGCGCCCCCGACGUUUCAGCACCGCGGACAGCUCGCGCUCGAGCCCACCAUUUCAUUGGAACGCUGCGUCUUCAUUCGAGGCAGAAGGACCCGCAGGAGAAGACCGCUAAAACGAGGCAAAUGCACCGCGUCAAGAAGACAUAAGCGGCAAAAAUGCGAUGAAAAGAGGCGUCGCUCCGCAAACUGGCAAAUGAAAAUAUUUAUUAUUUUAUUUUAAAAAGGGCUAUUUGAAAAGCGGUGCGUGCGGAGGACUGCGUCAGAUGAGACCCAUUUAAGGAGCAGUGAGGCGCAUUCCAAUGCACUGCUGAGGAGACCACCGGAUGGACGAGAGGAGACCAGACAGUCGGAGGUGCACACCGGACACGGCGUUCAUUUUUUUCAGGGGCGCUCGGCUGCUUCGGUAAUCUCAAAAUGCGGGUCAUCCUGCUGGCAGUUAUUUGUUCUUACUCCUUUGCCAGAGGAAGCUGCGAUCCUAAAAUUGUCAACAUCGGCGCCGUUUUAAGCAAAAACCGUGAGAACAGCUUCAGAGAGGCGGUGAACCUCGCCAACAAGAGGCAUGGCACCUGGAAGAUCCAGCUGAACGCCACCUACGUGUCCCACAAGCCCAAUGCCAUCCAAAUGGCUCUGUCGGUGUGCGAGGAUCUCAUCUCGAACCAGGUUUACGCCAUAUUAGUGAGCCACCCUGGUGCCCCGAAUGAGCUCAUGACCCCCACGCCUGUCUCCUACACGGCCGGCUUCUACCGCAUCCCAGUGGUCGGGCUGAUGACACGGAUGUCCAUUUAUUCUGACAAGAGUAUCCACCUGUCGUUCCUGCGCACCGUCCCGCCGUACUCCCACCAAGCCCACGUGUGGUUCGACAUGAUGCGCGUCUUCCACUGGAACCACAUCAUCUUGAUCGUGAGUGACGACCACGAGGGCCGUGCCGCCCAGAAGAGGCUGGAGACGCUCCUGGAGGAGAAGGAGACCAAGAAUAAAAACAGGAACUAUGAAAACCUCGACCAACUGUCCUAUGACAACAAGCGAGGACCCAAGGCUGAGAAAGUUCUGCAGUUUGAACCCGGAUCCAAAAAUGUUACCUCACUGCUGCUGGAGGCCAAGGAACUGGAGGCCCGAGUCAUCAUCCUUUCUGCCAGCGAGGAUGAUGCCACCACCGUGUACCGGGCAGCGAUGUCUCUCAACAUGACCGACUCUGGCUACGUUUGGCUGGUGGGAGAGAGAGAGCUUUCUGGGAAGGCACUGCACUACGCCCCCGAGGGAGUGAUUGGCCUUCAGCUUAUCAAUGGGAAGAACGAGACGGCCCAUAUCAGUGAUGCCGUGGCGGUGGUGGCACAGUCCAUUCAUGAGCUCUUUGAGAAGGAGAACAUCACCGACCCACCACGUGGCUGUGUGGGCAACACCAAUAUCUGGAAAUCUGGACCUCUUUUCAAAAGAGUCCUGAUGUCCUCCAAGUAUCCCGAUGGAGUGACUGGAAGAGUGGAGUUCAAUGAUGACGGGGACCGAAAAUAUGCCAACUACAGCAUCGUGAAUCUGCAAAAUCGGAAGCUGGUUCAAGUGGGGACGUACAACGGCAGUCACGUUUUAUUAAAUGGUAGGAAGAUAAUCUGGCCAGGAGGUCAAACCGAGCAGCCGCCGGGCUACCAGAUGUCAACGAGACUCAAGAUUGUGACGAUACACCAGGAGCCGUUUGUCUACGUGAAGCCGACCCUCCUGGAUGGGACGUGCAAAGAGGAGUUCACAGUAAACGGAGACUUAAUUAAAAAGGUGAUCUGCACGGGCCCCAAUGAGACCAUCCCAGGUCGCCCCAUUGUGCCACAGUGUUGCUAUGGAUUCUGCAUUGACCUCCUCAUCAAGCUGGCCAAGUCCAUGAACUUCACCUACGAGGUCCACCUGGUCGCGGAUGGCAAGUUUGGAACUCAGGAGCGGGUGAACAACAGCAACAAGAAGGAGUGGAAUGGCAUGAUGGGAGAGCUGCUCAGCGGCCUGGCCGACAUGAUAGUGGCCCCUCUGACCAUCAACAACGAGCGAGCCCAGUACAUCGAAUUCUCCAAGCCUUUCAAGUAUCAGGGGCUGACCAUUCUGGUGAAGAAGGAAAUUCCUCGCAGCACCCUGGACUCGUUCAUGCAGCCCUUCCAGAGCACCCUCUGGCUGCUGGUGGGGCUCUCUGUGCAUGUGGUGGCGGUGAUGCUUUAUCUCUUAGACCGCUUCAGUCCGUUUGGGCGGUUCAAAGUGAACAGUGAAGAGGAGGAGGAGGACGCCCUGACUCUGUCUUCAGCCAUGUGGUUCUCAUGGGGUGUCCUGCUUAACUCUGGGAUUGGCGAAGGAGCCCCUCGCAGCUUCUCGGCCAGGAUCCUCGGAAUGGUUUGGGCCGGGUUUGCCAUGAUCAUUGUAGCUUCCUACACUGCCAACCUGGCUGCCUUCCUGGUGUUGGACAGGCCGGAGGAACGGAUCACUGGCAUCAAUGACCCACGGCUUCGCAAUCCGUCCGACAAGUUCAUCUACGCCACGGUCAAGCAGAGUUCAGUGGACAUCUACUUCCGGCGGCAGGUCGAGCUCAGCACCAUGUACCGGCACAUGGAGAAGCACAACUAUGAGAGUGCAGCGGAAGCCAUCCAGGCCGUGCGGGACAAUAAGCUCCAUGCCUUCAUCUGGGAUUCUGCGGUUCUGGAGUUUGAGGCAUCCCAGAAGUGUGAUCUGGUCACCACCGGGGAGCUCUUCUUCCGCUCCGGCUUUGGGAUUGGCAUGAGAAAGGACAGCCCAUGGAAACAGAAUGUCUCCUUGAACAUCCUCAGUUCACAUGAAAAUGGAUUCAUGGAAGACCUGGAUAAGACAUGGGUGAGAUACCAGGAAUGCGACUCGCGCAGCAAUGCUCCUGCCACUUUGACCUUCGAGAACAUGGCAGGUGUCUUCAUGCUGGUUGCUGGUGGCAUCGUUGCUGGAAUCUUCCUGAUAUUCAUUGAAAUCGCAUACAAGCGGCACAAGGAUGCCCGGAGGAAACAAAUGCAACUUGCGUUUGCUGCGGUCAACGUCUGGAGGAAGAAUCUGCAGGACAGUAAGGAGGUUCCAGGCAGGGAGGUACUGGGCCGAGCCGGGACUCCGAGAUUAGAUAGAAAAAGUGGUAGAGCAGAACCCGACCCCAAAAAGAAAGCCUCUUUUAGGUCCAUCACUUCCACCUUGGCCUCCAGCUUCAAGAGACGUAGGUCCUCCAAAGACACGAUCGAGUCCCACACAGGAAACUUACUUUCUUCUCUGCAGCAGUACCACCCUACCGACAUCACAGGACAGCUGAACCUCUCGGACCCGUCAGUCAGUACCGUGGUAUGACCGACCGUCCCCCUCACCGCUGGACACUGGACACCUCUUCGCACAGCCCACCCAAACACGCUUAUCUCACAGUCCCAGCAGAAGCCCACCAUCUCCCACCAUGUCGGACUUUAAGCCUGCAGCCAAGGGGGCUCACCUUCAGCUUGGCCGUCUGAUAACUGUCACUGUCUACCAUCGCCAAUGAUAAUGCAGCGGCCUGUGACUCUAAGGGGGCACACCAUCUUCUGGGAUUUUCAUUUGUGAAGCAGAAAGAAAAGAGUUUAAAAUUGGAAGUGGAGUGGCCAGUAUGGACGAGACGUUGGGGGUCCGAUGGUAGAGAAGGAUCAUGGGGUCUGCAUCUAGGGUGGACCUGUCUUAGAGUUUCAGGCUGCCACCACAGGACAGGUGGGCAUCUGGCAAGACAAGCUGCAGGCUGCGCCGCCACUUCGCCCCCCUCAUCCGGCCCACUUGCUACACUCACAUUUUGUGGCGGAUUUUGUCAUGAGGAGGACGUCAGCAGGAGCUUUCAGUGGUGACUGUGUGGCUCUGAUUUGGGACACAAACGCUUGGUACUUUGAGCCCCCCACACUGCCUUUCCAGGAGGAGGGGAUUUGUUUUUUUUUUUAUAAGAAGAAUAAAUGUAACGCCUUGACUUUGGUCUCGGGGGGGUGCCACAGUCACCCCGGCGAAACACUCACUGGCCCUGAAUGUGAGGGCGCAGGCUUCACAGCAGGCACGGUUUGGGAUGCUUGGUAAGCUCUGGACUCCUUCAGGUGACAUGAGGACACAACACAGUAGACCCGAGAGAAGAGAAGGGGACAAGGGACAUCAUGGAAACAGGAGGGGGGAUCAGCACUGACAAGGCACGACGGCAUAAGGAGAUGAAGAACAGAGAGUGAGAAAAAAAAAAGAUUCAAAAAUGACAGAUGUAACAUAAAAUGAGAAAUUGGAAUGAAAAAAAAAUCAUGAACCUCCAACAAAGGAUCUGAAAAUGAAAGACAGAAAAAAAUUAAAAGUGAGAGAAAAGUGGAAAAUGAGAAACCAUUAAAAAAAAAGGAGAACAUACUGAGUGGACCAUGAAAAGUAAAUCCAAAGAUUAGGACAGAGAAACACAAAAUGAGAAACACAGAAAAAAAUAAAAAGAGGGGAAUUUUUAAAAAUAAAGAAAACAUUGAGGGAGUGGACUGACAAACAAAACCAUGAAGUGGGACCAGACAAUCAAAAUGAGAAACACCAAAGACUGGAGGACUGCGGAAACUAGAAACAGAGAGUGAAACACAGAAAAGCUGAAUUUAUAAAAUGAGAAACCAUUUGGAAUGUGAAAAACGAGAACCUGGAAUGAGAAAGAGCAGCGAGAAAAAAAAGAAAAGAAGAACACAUUUAAGAACAGAAAAUGGUAAACUGAGAAACACAAUUUAGAGAUCUAGAAAAACGGCACAAAAUGAGAAACCACCCCACAGAAAAUACAAGGACAUGAAAAAGAGGCAGACAGUCCAAAAGUGAGAGACACGGAAAAGAGGAGAACUGAGUAAAAAAAAGACACAGGGAAUGUGGACGGGAACAGAGAAACACAAAUCAGCAACAGUGUGGAGAGAGAAAAAACUUAGAAAAAUGAGAAAAGGGAAUGAGAAAUGAGAAAUUGUCAGAUAUACAAUAUAGAAAAAUGAGAAACUGGGCCAGCGAAAUGAAAAGAACAGCAGAGAGAGAGAAACAGAGAGAGAGAGAGAAAUAGAGAGAGAGAUAAAUAGAGAGAGAGAGGGUCACAAAAUGAGAAAAGGGAAUGAGAAACGAGAAAUCGUCAGAUAUACAACAUAGACAAAUGAGAAACUGGGCCAGCGAAAUGAAAAGAACAGCAGAGAGAGAGAGAAAUAGAGAGAGAGAGAAAUAGAGAAAGAGAGAGAGAGAGAGAAAUAUAGAUAUAAAUAGAGAGAAAGAGAGAGAGAGGGUCACAAAAUGAGAAACGAAGUGAGGAGAGCUGAGACGAUGAGAAACACAGAGAAUGUGAAGAACAAAUAAUAAGGAGGUGAAAUGAAUGAAACUGAAGAUUGAGAAAUGGAAAAGAAGAAGGAGAAAAACAACUAAAAACAUAGAACAGAAAAACAGAGGGGACAAAAAAAGAGAAAUGACAAAUGAGGAGGGUUAAAACAAAACAAACAUCAAAGAGAGAAUGUAGAAGUCUGUAAAAAGAACAGAAAAUGGAGAGAAUAGGAAAGCAGAAACAAGCGAUGAAUGAGAGUUAAAAACGAGAAAGAGAGAAAGUCAAUGAAGUGAGAAAUCAUGUGGAAAAUUGUAAAACUGAGAAAAACGAGGAGGGGAUGAGCAAAUGGGGACCUGCCCAAAAUAGAAAUUCAGCCAACGUAAAGACCUAGAAAGUGAGAAAUGAAGGAGAAUGCUGAGGAUUAGAACGAGAGUGUAGAGCGUCCAAAAUGUAAAAGUAAAGAAACCGAAGGAAUGAGAAACGUGAUGUGCAGAACGCCGUCCUCCGUUACGCAGAUCACACCGAGGAAAAAAAAAAGAAAAA